AUCCAAUUGAUACACACCACCGAUCGAUCUCGCUGCCCCACCUCACCCGUCAUACGACCACGCCACGUUAUCGAGGACCUGAUUGCGACCCGGAAGCGAAGCCUUGCAGGCAAAGAGGAGGCACAAUGGUGGCUACAGCAGUGCCAGAACUGUUCGAAGAUGAGAGCCACUCCGUUGUCGAUGUACGAACCGAGAGCCUACAAGCACUGCGUGAACUUGGGCCACCUGAUCUGGUGCAUUUGACUAAAGCACCAGCCAACAGCAAAUCCGUCUCCAAGCAGGUCGGAGUCUACCAUCAUGUCACGGGCAUCGAUGCGUCCUCGUCAGCGAGCUUGGCAGCAUACAUCAACACUCUCACAUACGCACCCAGCAACACCACGAACAAGGUGAUCUCAGGCACCUACUGCUGCUACAAUGCCUUUUCACGGGUCGACAUGCGCGUGCAGGUACAGAUCCCCGGCACUGUCGAGAGCUACUGUGUAGAUGAGCGGGGGAACAAGCUGGAGGCUACAGAAGAGCAUUGGCUGGAGACAUAUCUAUGCAGUGUACUGCGGGCAUAUUCAUACGCAGACACCGGGUCAGGCGACGUGAUCAAGCGCAUCAUUGGUGUCAGGCGGUUCAAUCCUGUGCAGAAUACCGAGCAAGAGCAGAGAUUCUUAGAUGCGGCCGAGAAGCUGUUUUUCAGUGGCUGGCAACUUGGUUCCGAUCCCGAAAUACAAGUUCCCAACCUUGUCUCGAAUCACCUGACAUCCGGACUAUUGCACUACUUCAAAACCACUGGCCGCUUCGCGUCUGGAAUCAAUCUGUUCGAGAAGCUACGCAUUCGCGAUCCCGAGAUCUCUUCUCUUCUGGCAAAGGUCUAUCUGGCCGCAGACGAGGAAGUCAAGGCUGUUCAGCUUCUGCACGAAGCUGUUCAAGAACUGCCCAUGGACUAUUCGAUACUCGACACACAAGCAGAAUUCUGCAAUCGCAAAGGUCGCGCAGACCUCGCACUGGAACUGGCCAAGCGCGAAGUUGUUUCAGCUCCGAGUGAAUUCUGCACAUGGGCACGACUGGCGGAAAUCUAUGUCACUAUGGAGAAAUGGGAUCUGGCGCUUUUAACAUUGAACUCAUGCCCCAUGUUCACUUAUCAGGAUAAAGACGCGCCGCGACUACCCGAGCCAGCUCGUAUAUCAUUGCCACUCUCACCCGACACUAUAUGCGACGAGAUCGAUGAUGCAGGCGCGACACCCGAUUCCGAUGUAGUGCACCCAACGCUUAGGAGGCUGUCGGCGGGCAACUACAAAGGCACUUUCCUCAAAGCUUAUAUGCUCCUCACAGAGAUCACAAAGAGAAUUGGCUGGGACCAAUUACUUAAAAUUCGCAGCCAGGUGUUUGUGAUGGAAGAAGAGUACAGGCAAGAACGAUCAGUACCCAGCGCUAGCCGCAGUGCUAGCACAACGGCACUUCGAGGCACAGAUACGCCGCAACCGAAUGGGCAUUCUCAACAGGAUGACGCCCGCUCCGAUGCCGAUACCGAUGACAUGAUCAAUGGCAACGAUGAGCCUCAAGCAGCUUCCUCCCAUCUUGACCCAGACGUCUCCAAACCUUCGACUUCGAUCACCGUCCGCUCCGGUGCAGAGACCCCGCAAGCGCAGCCGCCGAACACGGAUCCGGCGCACCAGCAAUAUACACAAUUCCAGCACAAGCGCCUGUGUGAGCGGUGGCUAGACAAUCUGUUCAUGGUGCUAUACGAAGACCUGCGCAUCUACACCAUCUGGCGGACCGAGGCAUCGCAAUACAAGCAAAAACAGCUGCCCUACAAUACAAAGAGCGCCGAAGAAUGGGAGAUCUUAGGUGAUCUUGCGGAACGUCUACACCAUCCUGAAGAGGCGAUCGAGGCUUGGCAAGCAUGCCUCAGUAUGCGCUUCAGUCCUAAAGCCAUGCGUGGUGUACUAAAACUGUACGAACAGCAAGGAGAUGGCAGGGGAAUGCUGGGCGCUCUUCUGCGGCUGAUCGCCUGGCAGUACAGGUGGUAUUCAGAGUUCUCACCUGACCUGCUUUACACGAUUCGCAAACUGAUCGAAGAUGAGGGAGCGGUCAAGGUACGGAGUAUUGUGCAAGCCACAAGCCUGCCACAACCCAUUCUGGAUUUGACACACACCUACGCCGCUCUCUGCGCGGCCUUCAGGAGUACUGGCAGUGAAGGAUAGCAUCAUCGCCCAGAACUUCCUCGUGUAACCAAAAGUUCCAGCCAGCAACGCCCCGUGGUGAUGGAUCUGGUAGAUUGCGCCGCGCGCUCUGCCGGGCAGGCCAGAUGGCCAGUGACCGCCGUAAGCACUGGAGAGACACGCGUGCAUUUCUCGGUCUGAGUCGAGAUCAUGCUGCAUGCAGAUAUGCACGUCCGCGGUCACGAUUGAAGCAUUGGAGGCGGAGCCAGUAGGCAUGAGAUACCGGACAACGAAAAGCAUCAGAUACCAGUAUAUCACGAUAUGUCCGCAGGGCUCGUAUUGCACAAUGUGUUGCGUUGUAGCCGACUCGGGCCUAUCAUUACCUUAGCGCUUGCUUUUCUCCGCAUACAGGAAGGUCUCGAUCGAUUGCGUGCGUUCAGAGGCACUCGGACUGAAGCCAGCGGAUCCCUGCCUCUGAAUGCCAAGCCGUCGCUCUCCACGCCGCUGCCAACUUUCUGUGCUGGCCGACACUCCCACCGCCUACAAGAACGCAGAGUCAAUAAUGCCAACGAAUCUCGCCGCCGCCGC